CUCCAGCCACAGCACAACCAGAGCCCAUGGAGCCGCCCGCCGCCGCCUGCCCCACGGACCCCGCCCGCCCCACGGAUCCCGCCCGCUGCUGGAGCGCCCUGCUCACCGGCUGAGCCGCCCCUGAGGGAACCACGACUCCCAGCCCUGUCGAGAUGCGCUGCGUCUUGUCCCCGCAACUGGGUGGCCUCCUGGAUGUGCUCACCUGGGCCGCGUGGCCACUCCUGGGUUACUGGCGUCGCCUCCCCGCAGCCGUGAUGAUGAGGAAGCGGCAGAGGAGGAAGAAGAGCUGUGGGCCGGCCUGCCCAUGCUGCGGCUUGGCCACCCCGCUCCUGGCACAUCUGGAAGCCCCGGAGAAAGGGGAGGACUUUGUGGCUGGUCCUGCUGCGUCCCAGGGGCCAGCCCCCCGUCAGGAAGGAGAGAAUUUGGGGGGAUACCCCCAAGCUCCUUCUGUGUCCCACGACCAAGAGGAGGGAGCGAGCCGUGGAGAAGGCCCCGAGCGCCCUGGGGAAGAGGCCAUGGCACAGCUGGAGAUGGAGGAACAUCUGGAGGAGGUUGAAGAUGGUCAGAAGCAACCUCGGGAUCUAUCCGGGUCCCCACAGGACAGGAAAUGUCAUGGGGCCGGUGGGAAACCUGGAGGCCUCAAGCUGCCUGGGGGAGAUGCCCCCAGCUGCCCGCAGGGUGGCACAGACCCGGGGCACCCCGUCACUGGGAACCCCCUGGUCCUGUCCUUGUUCUACUGCCCCUCUGAGGAGGAGGACGAGGCCGGGGACUGGCCCAACGAGGAAGAGGGAGAUGAUGGAGGGCGCUGCUCCGGCACAGACUGGACUGAUUCGGAGGAGGAGCUGGAAGACGACGCCUGGCGUGAGGAGAACGAAGCGCUGUGGGGGGCCCUGUGCCAUGGGCAGGACCCCUUCAACCCGCUAUGCUUAGCCAGGGCCCCCCUGGGCCCCACCCCGCCACGGCCCAAGGACCAGGAAUUCCGGGUUUCCUUCUACCUCUGUGGGUCGGACUCUGAGGCUGAGAAAGUGGGGGACCCCUGGAAACCCCCAGAAAAGCCCUGGCCUAUGAGACGGCGUGUCCCCGGUAGGACUCACCGCUGUGAGCUGGGAUCCCGGGGAACCGGGGACCCCGUCAAGGCGGAGACCUCGGACUCUGAGGGCAACCGGACAGCUAAGAAGGUUCGAUUCUCCCCUGUCGUCACCGUGCACCCCCUGCUGGUCUGGCCCUUUGCCAGCCGGGCUGCCCGCCGGGGGCCCUGGGAGGAGCUGGCCCGGGACCGGAGCCGCUUUCGCCGGCGCAUCGAGCAGCUGGGGGCUGUCCUGGGGCCCUGCCUGGAGCCGGGACAUCGGGCCCGAGCCUGGAGGAAGAUCCAUGGGGCAGCCCCGGAGCUGGCAGGACAGGAGACGCCCUUCCCCCUCCACGAGGGAAAGGAGAACCCAGGACAGGAGCAGGGGAUGCGGGACAAGUCUCUCCAGCUCUGCUCUGAAAGGAUGGAGGACCCAGGUGUCUGGGAGGGUCAGGCUGGGAAGCACAUGCCCCUCCCCUCCGAUUAUAGGGGAGUGGAGGACCCAGGCAUCCGGGAUGGAAGACUGGGGUAGGCCACAGACUGUUUCCCCUGGCGCCCCCCAGUGGUGAUCACAUUAACCCUUCUGGCUCUGGAGCCAGAACUCCUGGGUUCUCUCCCUGGCUCUGGGAGGGGAGUGGGGUCUAGUGGUUAGAGCUGGGGGGCUGGGAGCCAGGACUCCUGGGUUUCUUUGGGGAUGACACCCCUUUACCUACCUCAAUCUCUAACCUGCACAUGCUCCGAUCUGUUGCGUUUAUUUAUUACUGUUAAAUUAUUUUCCGGCUGGUCCAUCCGGCCUCAGAGGGGACUAAAUAUUUAUUUUUUUUUUAUACCUGGAUGAACGGGGGAGGGAGGAGCCAAUUUCUCAAGAGGACAUGACCUCUUCUUUGCGUUUCUGAAUCGCCUUGGUAUUUUAUUCCCCUGCCCCCCUGACUCUGGGCUGCUUUUUAACUGCUCCAAGUCUGUUAAUAAAGGUUUAAUACAGG